AUGGUGUCCUCUUCGCGAGACACGACAAGCUCGAGCCGGAAGCGCAAAGCAGACACCUUUGAAUGGGAGUCGUCCAAGGAGAACGUGAUGCCACUCAAGCGUGGCCGUAAUGUGGCUGACUUGAACAAGGCCUUGCGCGCACACGACUCGUUUCAUACCAAGCUUCGACUGGAGGAUGAGGUGAAAGCCAAGGAGUGCGCCAUUGCGGCCUACGACGGAGACGAUCCACUCGCCAACUGGCUCGAGUACGUGCGGUGGCUGGAAGUCAAGAUGCCUGAGGAUACGCGGAAAAAGUUCAAAGUGCUGGAGAAAUGUACGCGAAAACUCAAGGACAAUCCACGAUACAAGAACGACUCGAGAUACGUCCGUCUCUGGAUCCAAUACGCGGACUUGGUGUCCAAUCCGAAAGACAUUUUCAAGUAUCUGUAUCAGAACAAAAUCGGUGAGCGCGUCUCAUUGUUCUACAUCGGAUGGGCCUACGUGCUCGAGACAAUGGCCAACUACCCACAAGCACACAAGAUUUAUUUAAAAGCCAGCCAAAAGAAUGCAGAGCCACAGGAUCUAUUGGAAAGGAAAUACAAGGAAUUUCAGCGGCGCAUGAGCCGUCAGUGGUUGAGAAUGACCGAAGAGACUGGAACCGGCGACAUUGACGAGGUAACUCACCGCCGUGCUCUCGAAAGUUUAUCGACAUAUGGAAUGCUAGAACUGAACGAUGCACAGCGCCAACAGCUACACCAGCAUCGAGCGUCUGCCCGGGCUCAACGUGUUCAGAAAGCGAGUGCACACAAACCGGUAUUUAUUAUCUACGAGGAUCCUGUAGUACGCUCUAUCGAUCCUUUUGGUGGUAACAGUGGUUGGAAAAAGCUCGGCACUAUGCAGCAACAGGACAAAGAAAACGAGCUGGCACCCAGUGCGUGGAAUUCACCUGCUGCACCCAGUGCGUGGAAUCCAUCGGCUGCUCCCAGUGCGGUUGAGGCUGUUCAUCAUCCUGAGCGUCUACCGUUGUCCACAUCGAGAAGCCAUCCAGAUUCCAGCCCACUUCAGGUCUUCGUGGAUGAUGAAUUUUCUGUGCCUCAAAACAAAUUAAAGCGACGAACACCUCUGACACAUCGUUCUCAAACACUGCGACAGCGCGUGGAGGGAGUAGCUACUGAAGAAGAAAUGCUUGCGCAGGAACCAUUGAAGAACUUCACGACUAGCGACAAGACGCCACGUGUGCAGAAUCAAGAAGCGACAAGCAGGUUGGAAAAACCCUGCUAUGAUGUUAGACUGACCACAUCCAGGACUGGUGAAGCCAUUUCUUUUGAAGAAAUCCGAGCACGUGUGUACAAGCACGCAUACAAUCGACGUGAUCGGAUUGGUCAGCGGGCACUGCAAAUUGUGUCGCGCAAUGUAGACUCUGCAUCCAAUGUAGUUGCGUCUUCGUCAGCAGCAACCACGUCAGCGAUUGUUUCGAUAGCUUCUCUGCGUUCAUCGCAAAAAGCAGCCACCAUGCGGCCAAUUUCUCGCGAUGUAAAGCUUGCUGAGCGAGAACCAGCAUUACCGCUGGUAUCUGGAGCAGCAAUGCCAAGCGAGCGAACUGUAGUGCACAACGGUGAUCAAGAAGACAUGACUAUUAACACUCGUGUUGCAUUAGAGGAUAUCAACAGCAUGUUUUGCAGUCCACCAAGACUGCGAAAGGCUACUGUUUGGGAAGACAAGGAAGAGGAUCCCGUCGAACGGAAACUUCACUUCAGUGUGUUCGAUGACUCGGUUGAUAGCACAGCGAUAAGUGCGCAGGAUCAAUCGCUGGGACAAGAUCCGAACGAUUCUGUUCCAGCACAGACAUUUCAGGUUUUCACCGAUGAUGUCCCUGAGGAGCCACGGACAGGAAAAAAGGCUUUGGGUCAAAAGAGGAAGCCCCUCGCGGCCAGAGAUGACCUGGUGAGAAGUGGACGUCUAACGAACAAAGAUGCUCUCAUGCAAGCAGAGAAGGAAGCCACAGCGAAGGAAUCUCCUGGAAGCGUAUGUCGUAGCCGCUGGAUUCAAGGUGCCACCAAGAACGUAGCGCGAGAGGGACCGUUGAGAAAUAGUACUCGCACCGAUUUGAGACCGCGAAACUUGGAUCCGUAUACUUACGAAAACCGCCAAGCUCUGAUCCUUGAUCAACGGGUUGACUGGUACUUGUGUUCGAGACCUGAUGCCGUUAAACUGUAUUCACAAAAGCUGCCCCGACUCCCGUGCAAUAAUCCGGCCAAGCGGAAGCUACGAAAACCGGUUAUCUUCAAGGCCAGCCCAACACUAACACUUCAGCUAGUCGGAGUGCUAGGUUCAGGCUCAUUUGCAUAUGUAUUCUCAGCAAACAUUGUUGACACGGCCAGCUGCGUCACUUGCAGCAAGGCUGUUAAGUUUGAAAAGAAACGCCAGAACUUAGCUUGGGAAUUCUACGUUACGAACAAGAUCAUACAGAUAUUGAGGGAUGAGAACAAGCUUCUUCCGGAUGAGAAAAUCCCUGUGCCAACAUUUAGCGGACUCCAUCUGUUCUCGAAUGGAGCUUUCCUCCUUAUGGAUAAGGGCCACAUUGGCACGUUGUACGAUGUCCUCAAUUGCUACAAACAGUCAGGCAUCAACUUUCCCGAAGUACUAGCUGCAUAUUACAGUAUUAAGAUGCUACGUUGCAUCGAGCUGGUCCACAGUGCAAAAGUCCUCCACGGCGACAUCAAACCGGACAAUUGGCUGAUGAUACCAGGAAAUCCUCCGUCGGAGUUGUGUACAAAACUUCAAGGGCGACACGAGGAUAAGAAUUUCGACGCUGGUGAUCUCUACUUAAUCGACUAUGGGAGGUCUAUCGAUCUCAGUCUUUACCCGGAUGGAACAGACUUCACCGGCAAUUGCCACGUAAAAGGCUUUCAAUGCGUCGAAAUGUUAACGCAGCGCCCGUGGACAUAUCAAGUCGACACGUUUGCCUUUUGCGGAACGAUGCACUGCAUGCUUUUUGGAGACUAUAUGGAAGUCAAGCCACAGUGCGACUCUAAGGGCACAACGCGUUGGGAGAUCGUCAGGCCAUUUAAACGUUACUGGCAGGUCAACAUGUGGAAGUACCUUUUUCACGUGUUGCUGAAUGUAAGCAGUUGUACGGAGCAGCCUUCUUUGUCCAACCUUCGAAGGCGCUUGGAAGAUUACUUCGUGUCCGAUACAAGCCGUCAACAAGAACUCAUGAAACAGCUAGGUCGACAAGACAGGUUUCUCAGAAAGUCAACCGUUUAG